AUGUACCUUGAGGACCGAACCGUCAGAUUACAGCUUUGGGAUACCGCCGGACAAGAACGUUUCCGCAGUUUGAUUCCCUCAUACAUCCGCGACUCAAGUGUCGCGGUCGUUGUCUACGAUAUCUCAAAUGCGAAAUCCUUCCAGAACACAAAGAAGUGGAUUGAUGACGUGCGCGCCGAGAGAGGAAACGACGUGAUCAUUGUCCUCGUUGGCAACAAGACGGACUUGAACGACAAGAGAGAGGUGACGACCCAGCAGGGCGAGGAAGAGGCCAAGAAGAACAACCUCAUGUUCGUGGAGACUAGCGCGAAGCUGGGUCACAACGUCAAGACGCUGUUCAAGAGAAUAGCGCAGGCUCUCCCGGGCAUGGAGGGAACAGACGCCGCGGCGCAGGCCUCGAGCCAAAGUGCGUAUUCGCUCAACAGCAGCAGGCAUCAGACCGAGAUUUGCUAA